AUGGAAGCGAAGCGUGGUAGGGGCCGAACUUCAGAUGGAGCUCAUAAAACGCUUCUCGGAAACGGAAACGACAAAGAAAAUGGUAAAUAAAUCGGAAAUUUAUUUUAUUUUUUUCGAAACUGCUUUAGCAAAGUUAUUCUUUCCUGAAAGUUUAAUUAAAGACUUUAAUUGAAAGCCUCCUGAACAGGAUCUUGAAGUUGUUAAAAUUGAUUCCUUUUUUUCUCUAAGAAGUGAAGAAUGGAAGUCAUUUUUUAUAGGGAAGCGUCCGUUCGCCGCUGUAAUAUUUUUCUUGUUGUGUCUUAAUGGAUCUUCUCUUCUAUGUUAAAGUAUUGAUUCCAAUUCUUUUCUUUUUCUAUUUUUUAUAUUUCAUUCAGUAUUUUCUAUAACGUUUUCUGGAGUUUCAAAUCUUUUUUUUUCGAAAAGAUUUAAAUUUGGAAAACAACUACUUCAGUUUUUUUCGAACAUUUUUAUUUCCAAAAUCUGCUUGAAUGAAUUAUUAGAGAAUGUGCUGUCGAUUUCCGAGGGAAUGAAUGUGAGUAGCCUUUCCGUCAAGAAUACAUUGAUGAGUCACUAUGAAAAUGUUGUUUUUCCUUUCCAAAUGCCAUCUAUUCUCGAAAUGCGACGUUGAUCGGUUGAUCUAACCGUACAUUCCCUUUUUUUAAACAAUUCAUUCAAUUUAGAGUUGAUAGAGUUUUUGACCGUUUUCGAAAAAAUCGUCCGGGUUUCUUUUUCUCAUUUGUUUUCCUGUCACAAGGUCAUCUUCGACGCAAGUAUCCUUUUGCGCUCGUCAAUAAUCAUACCUAUCCCUUUCUUUCUCACAAGCAAAAUAGUUCUCUUCAUUCUCAAUUGUGGUUCGAAUUUCAGUAAGAAAUAGAAAAAAAUUCUAGAAUUUAUAUGAGCAAUAUUUUAGAGUUGCGAGGGAUCAUUAUUUUAGGUGUUGUUUCAAAAAAAAAACUUCAUAAGCGUUUUGAGGGAUCAACGAACGGAUUUAUUGUGAUUUUUUUUCCUUCGCGAAAAUUUUUAUUCAAUAUAUCAAUUUUCGUUACCUUCAUUUUGAGCAAAUAUGGAUGAAAAACGCUUACUCAUUUUUAGAAGCUGUAGAAACUAAAUUUGCUUCAAUUAUAAUUAACACUGGUCAAUCGGGAUCUCGAUACAAAUAGGUACCGGGUAGCAACUCAAAGUCAAUCGGAGGUCGUUUGUGUGCGACCGGGUACUAUCUAUAUGGUACCUGAAUAGUAUCGCGUCGGUAUCUGGAUGCUACCGGGUAGGUACCCGAAAUUCGCGAUUGCUACGGGUUGACACAUCGAUCGUUUGUUUAGCACCAGUGUUUUUCUGAACCUUUCCAAAUUUUCCCAGAUCUUAUUGGUUAACCCUGAAAAAAAAAAUCAAUUACCCGGAAAGCAAUGCCAGACCAUCCGGUAGCAAUCGCAAAUGUCAGCUACCUACUUUUAUCGACCUCCCGAUUCACCUUUGAAAAUGGAAACGGCAACUUCAGGUUAUUGUUCAUGGCUUCAAAAGUAUGGGCGUUAUAAUUAUCCAGUCGGAAACUUUGUAUUUGGGUGCUAUUUUUUAUCUGUUCAUUUUUCAGAGACGAUGCGGUACCCACCGCCUGAGUCGAGUACUGUAGAAGAUGUUAUGGAUCUGCAGGUUUUUUAGUGCUGGAACUUUCUCGAAAAAACUCUUUUCAGGGCGACGUCGAUGUGAGAAAUGUUCGCGAGGCGAUACAGAUUCCUAUGGAAGAAAUAGCUGCCAAUAGGUAUAAUGUGAGUUUUUCCCGAGAAUUCAAAAAACUAGUGAAGUCGGAUUGAAAGCCUUUGAUUGCAGCGUCAAAGCGAAGAUCUGAAAAAGUUUUUCGACCUGGAAUGGGACAAAUCGUGUUUUAUGAGGGAUGGAAAGCGUCAGGUUUUCGCAUUGUUUUGAUUAAUGAAAUUGUUUCGUUUCAGAUAGACUUUGUUCUGGCCUUUGAGGAAGAAGACAGCCGGAAAGUGAAUGGAACCAUCACUUCGGAAGGCGGAGAAUCCUCUAUCAACUACGAAACGGAUUCGGAAGACGAGGUCGGCGUCUCAUCUGUUCUCCCGUGGAAAGUCGGUUGCAGGAAGAGGAGCACCCUGCAGAAACGAGUCGCACGAAAGUGUCGCACCGCGAGAAGCGCGAGUUCCGGCGCAAGUACUACGAAGGGAAUUUGGAGAAAAUGGGCCUCGAGUUGGAAAGAGUCGAAAUUUCUCCGACGGUCUGUUACAAAAAUGGAAAAUGUCUUUCAUAGUUUUUAAUGUUUCCUUUUGAAAAGUUUUUCGAAAGCUGCAAAAAGUCAGGAAUUAUGAUGAGAAAGAACGUUGGUAAAGAAGAUGGGGAAUGUAGUUCGUUUUAAAAAGAGGACUCGCAAAUUAUUUUUAAGUAGUUAGAAAAAAAAACCUUUUUAGGUCUUCCGAAAGUUUUUUGGGGAAUCGAAAUACUUCUUUUUUUCAGCUCGGUCGAACUCGUUUCACGUUGGUUCAUGCUCCUUUCAAUGUUUUGGAAAGACAAGCCCAGCUUUUGUCCGUCAAGCUUCCAAUAAUGCGAAAUGACGUCUAUUUUCAGGUAUUUUCUCGGGAUUUUGCUAGUAAAUCGAGUUCUGUUCCGACACAGAGCCUGCGAAAUUUUCUUUUUUCAAUUAUCAUUUUAUCGCUUGGAAAAUGAACGUCGACUUUAUUUUAAAAUGUUUUUUCAUUGGUUUCAGAAUCGAAAGAUUCUUCCUGGGCCGAUAGACAACUUCCUAAACAGUAUUCGCGUGCUAGACUUUGACGACGAGACGAAGAAACUUCUCGACGAACCUGAGUUUUUCAGUGCUCCGUACUCCUCCGACCGCCGACAACAGUGAGAAAUUUCGCUCGUUCAUUUUCUGCACAACUUUUAUUCAUGAAUUUUCCAUCUUCAAAUACAAAGCGAAAGGGUUCGAGGUCAACCCUGUGCUUGAAUAAACUAUCCAUUCAGUAAAUUCUUUAAUUUUUUUUAAAAUCCAGCUUGUUGAAAAAAAGGCGUUCUUCCAAGUCGAUCUCCGAACCAUUGUUUGAAAACGUUUUAAAUUAUUUUUCGAAAAUCACUCGUGGAACAUUCAUUUUCUUUUCAAAUGUUUAUUCGCCAUUCCGCAAUCUGCACGACAAAUACAAAAAAUAAAACAUCAAAACAAUCAAAUCAACCACAUCAUAAUCAAUAUUUAUCAUUAUUUCAACGUUUUUCGUUUAGGCUUUAAAAAAAAGCUUAUCAUCGCGUGAAUAAUAAAAGUCAGUUUCUGAAGGAAACAGUUCCACAUCUUCUAUACCUGUCCUUUCAGAUUCGUGAACUGGGACAGGCCGGAGAUGCUCUUUCCGGUGGCGGAACGAUGCCGGAUGGUGUAUGACCUGCUGACGAGAGCCCACUACGACAAGAACGCCCAGAGGAAAGACGGUGGCGCCACCUAUCGGUUCGGAAUAGAGAGGCUCCUGGCCAGCUACACCUACACGGCCGCCUUCCCUCUUCACCAGGUAUUCUGAGGGCCGCCUUCCGGAAAUCAUCUCCUGAGAAGGAGUUGAGGUCGAGGGAAGAGAUCAAGGAGAGCGGACAGCCUGGGGCGACUUCUCAACGGGAGAUGCUCUACCUGAACUGGGCCAGCUGGCGCAACGUCAUCAAGUAUCAGCCUCUAGACGCUGUCAAGUUGGCUUCGCACUCCUGUCCGUGUUGAUCCGUCGUUCAGGAGGUACUUUGGAACGAAAGUCGCCUUCUACUUUGCCUGGCUUGGCUACUACACCAAGUCUCUGUACUGGGCGGCGUUGGUCGGCGUGAUUUGCGUCGCCUACGGCCUCAUUCGGAUGAAUGACGACGUCGUCAGGUUUCCCGUGCACUCAGAAGUCUCGAAAACAUGCUUUUCUGAAGAAGUGUACUUCUCAACAAAAGCUCCGAAAAAACGCUCAAUGAUUUUUUUGUUUUUUUUUAAACUUCUUUUGAAUUUUUUCCUUUUCAUCCAGUUUUACUUUGGACAGGAAAGUCAUGGCCAAACAUAAUUCAAAAUUUUUUUGAUGAUUCUUUAGAUUUAUAUAUCUAUUCAACUCUGAUAAGAAGUAGUUUUAGCAAUUAUAUCUUUGGGUAAUUUUUUUUUCCAUUUGUUCAGAAAAUGAAUACCGAGUAUCGGUUUCAAGCGUUCGAAAAAAGAAGUUGCGAAAAUUGAGCGUAAAAACUCGCUUUUGUUUAAAAAAUUUUUGGCUAGCUCGCUUAUCGCAGCAGCUUUUUUUGUGCAAUUUACAUUUUUUUUUUUUGUUGAUAUCAUCUACAUUUCGAAUUGAGUUUCAGCAAUGACAUCUGCGGAACCGACGGCAUCGGGGCGCAAGUCAUCGUUUGCCCCCAGUGCGAGACUUACUGCGACUAUCAAAGACUCAACAGCAGCUGUCUCUAUGCGAAAGUCUGACAUUUCGAGAGAUUUGAACAGCUUUUCUCUUCAGAUGACCUACCUCUUUGAUAACGGAAUGACUGUCAUUUUCGCCGCUUUAAUGAGUGUUUGGGCGACGUUGUUCCUGGAAGGAUGGAAAAGGUUGAUUUUUUUUGGAUAUGUAAUCAUCGUGAUUGUUCUCAGAUAUCAUGCCGAAAUAGCUUGGAAAUGGGGAUUGUUGGACUUUGUAGUUGAGGAGGUUUUGAUAACUUCUUGAUGAGGCCCCAGGUCGAAGGUUUAGGAUUCGGUGCGACCAGACUUCCAGUUCCGAGUCAGAACCAAGGCCUGGAACCCUGUUACCCAGAAGGAAGAGCCUUUCCUUUCUGGAAAGAAAAAACUGGCCAACUUUUUUGCCUCUGGCGCCACGGUCCUAUUCUUUGUGAGUUUUGUUGAAGCUUCGUCAAAUUUCUCGCAACGAUGUUUUCGCAUUUAAAAGUUUUCUUUGGACUUCAAAACAGCAUCAGAAAAUUGCGACCUUGACUUUUUUUUUCCCGCACUUUCUCAGAAGAAGAACGGCAGACCAAGGCGCAUUUCAAAAAACAAACAGGAGAGUACGAGUCUGGUCACUCAAAGCUUGCCAUUCUCUCUAAACUGAUGAAUCCGCGCUGGUCUGCCUUUUUUUCUUCUGAGUUUGAUUUUUAUAAGAAUAAAUUUCCAGUUCAUAAUAGGUAGAAAAUAACUUCGCGAAGAUGAAAUCAGUUUUCUGCGAAAGAAUUAUCACUAGACACAUAAUUCCAUCCUUUUUUUCUACAGAUUUGUCUCGUUCUCGCCGUUGUUUUUCGGCAUGGUCGUCUACAGAGUCAUAUGUAUGCGGCUACUGGCUAGUGUCAGUUACAAUUCGUUUCCUUCAAAGGCUUUUUCUUUAUUUUCGGCAGAAAUUAUAUUUUUGUUUCUCUUUAAAGUUUAUGGAAGCAAAUUCUUAUUUUGAAUCUAUUUCAGAGAUCAUUGACAUUAGACUGUAGAUCUAAAAAAGAAGAGUACAUAGACAGACGGAAAACAAAAUUUAGCUGGUAGAAAACGAUCUAUAUUAAUAAUAUGAGCUGUUGGCGGCUUUUCAAAAACCAUACCAGCCGACGUAUGGUUUAGCUUCCUAUUUCAAAUAACAUGAAAAGAUCAAAGUUUUAUCAUUUUUUUCAAUCAUGAAAUGUUUCAAGAUGGACAAUCCAGUAGUGGAUUCGCUUGCUUUCGUCAUCGUUUCCUUCACUGCGGCGACCAUCAACUUGAUCGUCAUCAUGUUCAUGAACUAUGUGAGAAACUUGCUCAGCAAAAUGUUCCCAAUGAAAAUUCCUUCAGUUCUACAGCGAGCUGGCCCUUUGGCUGACCGCAUGGGAAUGUCCUAGGACUCAAUCUGACUUUGAUAAUUCUUAUACUUUCAAGGUAUUAUUCCGGAAUAAAGUGUGUCAUCAAUUCUUAAUCCAGGUCUUCCUCUUCCAGUUCGUCAAUUACUACUCCUCUCUGUUCUACGUGGCUUUCUUCAAAGGACUGUGAGUGAUUUCAGGUUUUUGAUAGUACCACUUGGUCGUUUGAAGGCUUGCGCAAGUACCCGGGGCCAGAGAUGACAGCGGAAACGUGAAAAUCGCAGGCUACCGACUCGAAGUUUCUUUCGUCCUUUUUUUUUCCUGAAGUGGUCUUUUAAGGGUUGCGACCCUGCGGGCUGCUUCGUUGAGCUUUUCAUCCAACUGGCAACCAUUAUGUGUGGCAGACAGUUCUUCUCGGCCUCCAUCGAAUUCGCCUAUCCGUCAGUUUUAUUUUCUAGAAAAAUUUUUUUAUUUUAUAUAGGUUUCAGUAAAAAAAGAGGGCGGGGCCAAUUAGAGGAGUGCUGUCUUUUUUGACAGGAUUUCAAAAUUUUGAUGAAACAUUUAAUCAAAUCGUACAUUUAUACUUUCGGAAUGUCUAGUGGUAUGGCGACGGUGCAGUGGAAGAAAAAAAGACCGCGGGGUAGUUUAACUGACCAACCCCCAUUCUGUUUGUAAAAAAAAAUUUUUUUCUUUGACGAUUUUUUUAAAUCGGCAAUUUUCAAUUUUCCCAACACGAUUAAUUGUAAAAAAACGUUCACAAUUCAUUCUUUUUUUAAUAGUUACUUCCAUUUAUUCGUUGAACAAUUUCAAUUUAAAAAAAUUAAACAUUUUUAGUUGUGAAUGGUUUCGGAGGAAAAAGUAAAUUUAUCACUGAUAAGUUGGAAUGACUUCGUUUUGAACUUUCCAAAAAAAGGUUUUUUUCCAGAAAAGUGAUGGCCCUGCUCCGAAAAUGGCAAUUAAACGUCCCUCAAGUAGUCGAAACGAAAGAGCAGAGGAAGCAGAGGAUACACGAUGAAGCGAGAAAAGUUGGUUAUACAGGAGUUCCGUUUCAAAGACUUCCGUUCAGAAGGAGAAGCGACUGACGCGCUGGGAGGCCGACUACUACCUCAAUCCCACUUAUGACCAGUUCCUUUUCGACGAAUACUUGGAAAUGGGUGAGCAUGAUCACGUUUAGUUUUUUUUUGCAGAAAAAAAAUUGUCGAUGAAAAUUGGUUUUCGGUUAACUUCACUGCGUGAAAAAUUUUGAUGGCAAUUUUCAAAAACAUUUGCUGACAUGAUAAGGAUGUUAUCUUUCGUUUUCUCCUGCGUUGAUUGCAAUUGAAUUUUCGCGCGUGGUAUCAAAUGUGAAAUGUGCAUUGCGUACAAAACAUCAAACUGUACAGCUUUGACAGAAAAAGGAUGGUGACCACUCGACGAAAGAAUUUCAGGUCUCUCAAAUAAAUCAAAUGAAAUUUUUCAUUUCUCAUAAAGAAGGACUCGAAUUGACGGAGUAAAUGGAAAUGUAGGAAAAUAGGAGUUUUGAACUUGUGGGGAUAAAAGGAAGAGGACUCGCGGUCGUGUUUGAUUUCGUAGCAUUUAUAUUUUCUUUGAAUCAAAAUGCCUGAGUUCUGUGGUUAUAUCUUCAAACCGUUGUUUUUUUCUCAGUUCUCCAGUUUGGUUUCGUGACGCUUUUCGUGGCGGCAUUCCCUCUGGCGCCUCUUUUUGCCGUCCUGAACAACAUUAUGGAAAUUCGAUUGGACGCCUAUAAGUUUCUGGUCACAUCUCAGAAGCCGAUCCCUCUUCAGGUUUCUUUUUCUCAUCGUUUGCGAAAUUCAAAAUCUUUUUCAGGGACGAAACAUUGGAGUUUGGUUCGAAAUUCUCGACGUUAUAAGCCGGAUGAGCGUCACAAUAAACGUAUUUUUUCUUCUAUUGAAAGUUUCUGAUGUUUUUAGGCGUUGGUGAUAGCUUUCACUUCGGAUUUCGUUCCCAAGACGUUGUAUUGGUUCUCGAACAACCAUUCCAUGAUCGGCUACGUCAAUUCCUCGCUUUCUUAUUACGAUGCAAACAAUUUCGACGUGAUCAUGCGCAAAUCACAGUUUCCCAACGUCGACGUCUGCAGGUUCCUACUCCACUUCUUGACGACUCGAGGAGAUGAAUUGAAAUCUCAGAAUUUCUUGAAAUGAUCUGACCUUUACGGAUUUAUUUCCUGAAACCGUGUAUCCUACUUUUUUUUCAUUUGUAGCUGACUUCUCCGCUUUUCUUACCUUUUUUCUCAUAGCUAUAAAGGCUGUCACGUAGUGUUUUCGCUGUUCAAAGUUAAGCGUGAGCUCAAGUUAAAAAAAGAGAUUAUUAGUAGAGAAAGUUCUAUUUAAGAAAAAAAUUAGUAAAAAAAUAAUUUCUUUCCUCAUUUGAUGAUGUACUUUUUAAGAGUAAGCCUCGAUUAUCAGUUUUUUCUUUAACUUGAGAUUUUUAAUAAAAAGAUAAUAAUAGUUCAAGUUUUUUUAAUUGGUGAUUUAUAAAAAAAGUUGACUUAUUCCAGGAAGCAAAUGUCAAAGUAAAUUAAUAAAGUUUCAGUAGAUUAAUAAGGUUUUUGAACUUGCAAAAACAAAAACUGAAUAAUUUUAAGAUUUCGCGGGUAUCGAAAAACGCCGUGUUCGCUCUCGAACGUGACUAUCAACAACUCGGGAUCGGCCUUCCAGGAAAGCUGCGACGACGGUCUUGGCCUGUCCUACGAGUGGUGGAAGGUCCUCGCUGUUCGACUUCUUUUCGUCGUCAUUUUCGAGGUUUUUUUGAGGAUUUCCCUCUCGACCAUCCAAAGACAGUUAUAUUCGUUCAAGCUGUAGAGAGAGUUUUCAGCACGUAGUGUUCUUGAUCAAAGUCACCUUCGAGUACUUGAUUGCGGACGUUCCGGCCAAGAUUUUCGUGCAGCAACAGAGGGAGAAAUAUCUCCUCAGAAAGGCCUUGCUCUCCGAUAUCGCCAGUGCCACCGAGUCUUCCAGAAAGUGAGUUUCCUCUCGCUCCAGCCGCUUUUAACAUGCCUCAAUCAAACUUUUUUUUUGUUUUUUUUUUGCACUGUUUGCUGUUAUGGUUGACUGCUGCUGUCUCGAAUCACAAUCACCAAAAAGGAAAGCCAUCUCUAUUUUCAUUACCACGCCUCUAUUUUUUUUUAUUCGCGGAAUGACUUAUUUCGGUUCUUGUGCAAGUUAGUGUUAUAUUUUUGGCUGCGUUCGAGCAUAGAUACUUGUUUGAUGAAUUUUCGAAAUUCGAAUCUGGUUGGUUUUUGACGUUGUAGGAGGAUCGUUUUUUUGCAUUCAUUAUUGCUGGAAUACUGAUUUCUUGCACGUUUAAAUUUAUUUUUCAGUUCGGUAUGUGGGAAAUGUCUUGAAAAGAUUUUCAUCGAAGUGUUAACCAUAUCCAGAGCCUGCACUUUUUUUCGAUUUCAUGUUCACGGUUUCGUUCCAGGCACGACUGAUUCACUGAAUGAUUCACUGCAGCUCAUUUUGCACGUCUUCUUUGCACUUCACAUUUCUGCUCUGUUCAUCUUCGUUUUUUUUUUCGCUCUCUAGUAAGGAGCAACUCCAUUUCUGGUGUUUGAUUAUUCUUACUUGAAGAACUUUUCUUAGCAAUUAUUGAACACAUAAAACUUGGACGUGAUGCCCUGAUUUCGGAAAUUGCAGGUCGACAUACCUCGACAGCGAAGACGUUGCUUUUCAACCGGGUGCCUUUGAACACGAAAAAGUGAGUGAAGAAAGAGAGUUUUACCUGAUGAUCCGUCGGAACUCAGAUCGAAGGAGUCGGGACGCGGUUCAGGGCGCCACUCGCGCGGGCCUCCACCUCGUUGGAUUCCUAUGAGACUGCUUUCAUGCCCGAAGACGCCUGGAGAAGUUCCCAGCAACAGCACGUUGAUCGCUUACAUACUUAG